CAAAGAAUAAUCCUACCAGAAGAUGACAAGAAGAAAAGAACAGGGCCAAAAGAAAAUCAACAAAGAAUUUGUGAAGAAAAUAAAGAUAAUCAAAUAACCCUUGCAACAAAUGGGGAAGAAGAGAACAACAUGUCGAUGGAUGAGUUUGCAUCGUGGUUGGAGGAAAAUAUAAGCUUUGAUGUUGAUGAACAAGAAGAGGAGAAGGAAUUUUAUAAGCAAGAAGAGACUGACAUGUCGAUGGAUGAGUUUGCUACGUGGUUAGAGACAAACAUAAGCUUUGAUGUUGAUGAAGAAGCGAAGAAGGAAGAAAAUUUCAUACCAGAUUUGGAUGGUGAGGAAUAUAUAGAAAUGCCCAUAUCAAAUAUGAUGGAUCAUCUUGAACUCUUUGUUGAAGAAGAGACCAAGUCAACUGUGGACGAUUUUAACUCUUGGCUGGACAAAUUAUUUCGGAAGCAGCCAGGGGAAGGAGAAUACCCAGAGAUAUUACUGCUCUGAAGUCUGAAGUGCAAAGCAUAAACUAAGGACUGGUUUUGUAGAGACGAAAUGAUGUGUCAUGGCAUAAUUUUAAGUGAAUGUAUAGGUUAAUACUUGUCAGAUAACAUACAUUGAAUAUUGUAAGACUGUACUGCCAAGAUUAUGCAUAG